AUGGAGCAGAAGAGAAACCCUGACUGGCCGCUGAGGGCGAGCCACACACGCCCUCACGCCCGGCGAGCCCGCGAGGUAGGCGCCCCCCAUCUCCAGCCCUCCCCGGGCGCUCUCCCCGCACUUUCUGUUUUCCUACUCACUUGGGAGCCGCGGGGCUGCAGCCCCAAGGACUCCGCGGCAGGAGCAGCGGCGGCGGCGGCGGCAGCCGGUAGGGUGGACUUGAGGAAGACUGGGGGAACCCCGUGCGUCCGGAGCCGCCGCCAGCCGGCCCGCUCCCCGGGCACUUUCCCCCUCCGCCAAAACUUUGGGUCGAGAGAGGUCGGGGGCGAGGGUCGCAGCGGCCGCGCCGGCCGGGGCCGGGAAGAGGGCGGGGGGCGCCGAGGCAGUGCCCUGGGAGCGGGAGGCUGGGGGCCGGGCUGGGGAGUAGUAGGCCAGCCGGUGCCAGGCUGCGUUUGCAACCAGCACCUCUCGGCACACAGGCAGCGCCGCCGGAGAGGGGCAGGGAGCCGGGGCGCGGGCUGGAGCAGCCCCAGGAAAACAACAACAGAGCCCUCACGCCGGCGGCGGCUCGUGGCCGCCCGGGGAGCCCCAAACUUCAUCGCGGCGAAAGUACGUGGAGCCCAGCCUGGUCUGGGCUGCCGGGGAGUUUUAGGCCUUCAUUUUAUUUCUCCCUUCUGCUGCACAUCAUUUUCUUCCAGGGACCAGGUUCCUUCUUGACUCCUUC